ACAAAGAGAAUGCUGACCGGAAAUGACUCCCUGGUGACUGAGUUUGUUCUGGCUGGAUUAACAGAUCUUCAGGAGAUUCAGCUUCCCCUCUUUCACCUGUUCCUAAUGAUCUACAUUGUCACCAUCCUGGGCAACUUUGGCUUGCUCACACUUAUUGGUCUCAACUCUCACUUGCACACCCCUAUGUACUACUUCCUCUUCAACCUGUCCUUCAUUGAUCUCUGUUACUCUUCUGUUUUCAGCCCCAAAAUGUUGAUGAACUUUGUCUCCAAGAGGAAUGCCAUCUCCUAUGUGGGGUGCAUGACUCAGCUGUUCUUCUUUCUCUUUUUUGUCAUCUCCGAGUGCUACAUGUUGACCUCAAUGGCCUAUGAUCGUUAUGUGGCCAUCUGUAACCCAUUGCUGUAUAGGGUCACCAUGUCCCAGCAGGUCUGUUCUUCAUUGUCUCUUGCUGCCUAUGUGAUGGGAUUUGUUGGAGCCACUGCCCACACGGGCUGCAUGCUUAGACUGACCUUCUGCAAUGCCAGUGUCAUCAACCAUUACUUGUGUGACAUACUCCCCCUCCUCCAACUUUCUUGCACCAGCACCUAUGUCAAUGAAGUAGUCGUUCUUGUUGUGGUGGGCAUUAAUAUCACAGUCCCCAGCUUUACCAUAUUGACUUCUUACAUUUUCAUUCUUACCAGCAUUCUUCACAUCAAAUCCACUCAUGGAAGAUCAAAAGCCUUCAGUACCUGCAGCUCUCACAUCAUUGCUAUUUCUCUCUUUUUUGGAUCAGCUGCAUUCAUGUAUCUUAAAUAUUCUUCUGGGUCUAUGGACCAGGGAAAAAUAUUUUCUGUUUUCUACACUAAUGUGGUUCCCAUGCUCAAUCCUCUCAUAUACAGUUUGAGGAACAAGGAUGUCAAAAUUGCACUGAGGAAUGCUGGGAUUAAAAUUCAGAGCAGAGGCUUAUUAUUCUAAUUAGAAGCAAUAAUCAUGUCCAUAAAUUGAAAGGCAUUAAGUUUUUAUUGGUGACUUCUGUUGAUAGUCUUAUGCGUGGUUCAGUAGAGUUGUCUUACCACCUCUCUUACAGCUAAUCUAAUCUCAUUUUUCUUUAUCUCUGGCACUUUUCACAAUUUUCAAAAUAACUAAAGGCAUGGUCUUAAAGCAACAUAUGCACUGAAGUUUUUCA